ACACCAGGCCCCCAACAAAUAAAGGCCCGAGCCGCCGUAUCGUUCUAAAACCCUAACAUCUUCUCCCCGAAACUCGUUGGAGGCAUGGCCGCCGCCGCCACCACCGCCACUGCCGCCGCCCUCGACGAGGCCAAGGCCAAGGAUGUUCUCCGCCAGGUGGAGUUCUACUUCAGUGACAGCAACCUCCCGCGCGACACGUUCCUGCGGAAAACUGUCGAGGAGAGCGAGGAUGGAUUGGUGAGCUUGGCCCUCAUCUGCUCCUUCUCGCGGAUGAAGAAGCACCUUGGCCUGGACGCGGACGUGAAGCAGGAGACCAUGCCGGAGGAGACGGUGCUGGCCGUUGCCGAGGUGCUUCGGCGUUCCUCGGCCCUCCGCAUCACCGAGGAUGGGAAGAAAGUCGGAAGAGCAAUUGAGUUGUCAAAACUAGAUGAGAUCAUGGAGCAAGUGGACUCCAGGACAAUUGCUGCAUCACCAUUUCCAUACAAUGUAAAGCUCGAAGAUGUUCAAUCUUUCUUUGCUCAGUAUGGCAAGGUGAACAGUGUGAGGCUACCUAGACAUGUUACAGACAAAAGGCACUUUUGUGGCACUGCUUUAGUUGAGUUUUCGGAAGAAGAGGAAGCAAAUGCUGCAUUGAAGAAUAGUCUUGUUUUUGCAGGGGCAGAUCUAGAAAUAAAACCAAAGAAAGAAUUCGAUACUGAAAGGGAGGCUAAGAAAGAAGCUUAUGAGAAGUCACACCCUGGUAGGAAUGGUCACGAUGAAGGAUAUCCAAAAGGUCUAAUUGUGGCCUUCAAGCUUCAGAGAGUUCAAGUUGGUGAUGGUAUGAUGGAAAAUGGUGGCGACAAAGUGAGUGACACUGAUGAUGCCAGUAAAUCAGGAACAGGGCACGAAGAGAAAAUCCCUGAGAACAGUGAUAUCAAGGAAGAGGUGUCAGGUGAUGUUGAGAAAUCAAAAGAGGCAGCUUCUGGAGAAGUUGCUCAAUCUGAUAAAAAAGGAGAAAGUCCUUCAGAAAAUGCUGAUGAUCCAAUUUCAAGGGAGGAUUUCAAAGAACAAUUUGGCAAAUUUGGCAUAGUGCGGUAUGUGGACUUCAGCAUAGGGGAAGAUUCAGGAUACAUUCGAUUUGAGGAUUCCAAGGCGUCUGAAAAGGCCCGUGCAUUUGCUGCUCUUGCAGAUGAAGGUGGUUUGAUUAUGAAGGGCCAUCUUGUUACUUUGGAACCCGUGUCUGGUCAAGCUGAGAAGGAUUACUGGAAUGCUAUAAAGGGCGGUCAGGGAAAGUAUAGAGACAAUAGGAGUAGCAGAGGAAGGGACUGGAAGAAUAACAGGGGCGGAAAGAACUUCGGUGGGAAGCGGGGUCGCCACUCGGACGGACACGAUAAGGCUUCUAACAAAGCUCGAAAAGUCGACGCUGCUGCUUAGAGGACUAGAGGCCUCGUUGUCCGAUGCUACCUCAGCUAGGCAGCUCUAGUGAGUAACGGAAAUGUAUGCUCCGUUGCUUGCUUCCACAACUUUGGAAGCAAACUUAUUGUGUUACUUUACGUUUGUUUCAUGUCGUGAGCUAAUCAUGAGUGAUGAAACGGAAAAAUUUUGGUCGGACAGAACUUGAAAUGGAACUCGUUACAAUUAUCUGAUCCAGUAGGCAAAGAAAAUCUAACGUGAGUCCGUAUUGUUGAUA